GUUAUUUGCAGUGUAGUCCUAAUUUUCCUUUUACUGCGAAAUCAAGCAAGUUUUUCCAUCAUUUCCAUCGAUAAUUUGAAGGUCUAAGUAUGAAUACUGGAUGGAAAAUUCGGGCGGCGGCGGAAUUUAGCGAUUCAGGUCGAAAUAUGAAUACUGGAUCCGAAAUUCCGGCGGCGGAGGCGGUUGCUUCAUCCUCGCCGCCGUGGAUGGAGUUGCCUCUAGAUGUGACCGCGAAUAUACUCCAGAGGCUUGGGGCGGAGGAGAAGCUGUGCAGCGCGCAGCAAGUGUGUGCAACCUGGUGGAACGUUUGCAAGGAUCCUGCAUUGUGGCGAGUCAUCGAUUUCUCCAGCACUAAGCAGAUCGAUUGUGCCGCCAAGUACACUGCCAUGUGCCGCCGUGCUGUUGACCGUAGCCGGGGACAGUUAACCGACUUCACCAUUCAGUACUUUGGCGACGACAAACUCAUGGAAUACAUCGCUGAUCGAUCACCAAAUCUCAAAUGCCUUAAACUUGGAACUUGCUUUUUCAUAUCAGGACCGUGUGCAGCUAGAAUAGUUGCAAAGCUUGGACAAUUGGAAGAGUUGCACCUUACGAUUAGACCAAGGUUUGGUGUGAUUGAACUAGGGGUUAUGUCUGCUGACAUUCGGGCUAUUGGCAAUGCAUGCCCGACGUUGAAAUCAUUCUCAUUGAACGCAUUUAAGUUCCUUCUGAUAGAGGAUGUUGACGAAAAUGAUGAUCGUCCUUUUAUUGAAUCAAUUCAUCGGAAUCUGUAUGCUCUCGCAAUCAGCAAAAGUAUGCCCAAUCUGCAGCAUCUUCAAGUUUAUGGGCUCUGGAUUGGAAAUAAAGGACUUGAAAUCAUCCUUAACGGCUGUCCACGCCUCGAGUCACUUGACAUCCGGCGGUGUUUUGAUCUCGAUCUUGAAGGGGAUUUGGGGAAAAGAUGCCGUCAACAAAUUAAACAUCUUAAACUCCGUCAUGACUCGACUAGUGAUGUCCCAUGGCCGAGUUGCCUAGGAGGUGAUCCAUUUACCUCUCCUCCAUUCUCCACUUAUAAUCCGGACGCAUACUUUUAUAACGAAGAUAUGGAUGAUUAUAUUCAACGUUAUGGAUACGCAGACUUAUACGAAUCCUUUGGCUUAGUCUAGGCAUAUGAUCGACCGUAAAGCUAUCUUUCGUCUAUCGUUUUCCGGCAUAUAUAUGGAUAUAUAACACUCACCUCUUCCCCCCUUUUGUAGUUUUUUUGGUUGCUUGAUUAGGUGGUGUAGUGUUAUUCUAUCCUUUUGGUUCAGUUAGUUUUGUCAAUGCUGCUUUAUGUCUUUUAUUAGAUGUCUUUAUUUAGUAGA